CAAUUAGGAUUUGGGAGGUAGAGGCAGAUUGCGUACCUAUACCACUGGGUAUUGAUCGGUCCACCAUGUCUAUAGACGGUGUUCCGAUCGAUCUAAAACUAACCGAGGAUGGAUGGGUGCGUACCGAAGACGGAGAACUAUUAUUCUGGCUCCCUAGUGACUGUCGGCAUGGGUUUACCACUCCAGCUAUCAUACAAAUUCCUAAUACAGGUCACUAUCGUGUU